GUGCGCCUGCGCAGCAGCGCUGGAAAGCGUCAGCGCGUGACGGCGCGGAAGGCGCUGGUGCUGAGUGGAGGACCCGGUGGUCGGGCCGCGUGGGCUCACACGAGGUUAGAGGUGGUCUGGUGUGCCCCCGUGGGGCAAGGGCUGCCCGGCUAACUCGCGGCGUCCGGCCGCGCAGGCGCAUUCAAGAUGUCGUACAUGCUUCCGCAUCUGCACAAUGGCUGGCAGGUAGACCAGGCCAUCCUUUCGGAGGAGGACCGCGUGGUCGUCAUUCGUUUCGGACACGACUGGGACCCCACUUGCAUGAAGAUGGACGAGGUUCUGUACAGCAUCGCCGAAAAGGUUAAGAAUUUUGCAGUCAUUUAUCUUGUGGACAUCACAGAAGUGCCUGACUUCAACAAGAUGUAUGAGCUGUAUGACCCGUGCACUGUCAUGUUCUUCUUCAGAAACAAACAUAUCAUGAUUGAUUUGGGCACUGGCAACAACAACAAGAUCAACUGGGCUAUGGAAGACAAACAAGAAAUGGUUGACAUCAUAGAAACCGUGUACCGUGGAGCCCGUAAAGGCCGGGGUCUGGUGGUGUCUCCCAAAGACUAUUCUACAAAGUACAGAUACUGAGCACUGCCCUCAGGCUGUGCAAAGGACACUGGAAGCCUCUUCCACACAGAAAUAUUCUGCUCUCAUAGCUUCUGGAAAUGGCUGCAGCAGAGCAGUGCUGUAGAGCUGGAGAAUCCUUGAGAUGAGGGUUACAGGGCCUUAACUACCUGAAGCAAAUAAAUAUGGUGAAGGAACA